UUUCUUUUAUUACAUAAUAAUAGUAAAAUUUAAAAAAAAUUAUUAUUAAAUUUUUUAGAAAAUUAAAUUAUAAAAAAUAACGAUGGGUAAAUUUUUGGGCCUUGGAAGUUACUGUCAGCACCAGGAAGAAAAACAUAACAAUAACAUAUUUAGCGUUCUAGUAGUAUCGUUCGUCUCAUUUUUAUGUAUUGCCUUGGCAUGUUGUGUCAUGAUACCAGUUUUUUAUUAUCAACUGGACAAAAUAAAGCUAGAGCAAAAUCAAAUGGUGGAAACCUUGAAAGGCAAGAUGCUUCAGAAGCAACAAGUCAUAAAUUUCUUGCAUAUGAAAAUAACUGGACUCAAGGAUGAAUUAGGAAACAAGGUUGAAGAUAAAAUUAAUAUUAAUGCUGCGGAAAACGAUUUAUAUUUAUCGAGGGACAAGAGAGAUACAUACGGUCGUCCAGUCAGCCCUUUUUCAUACCAUAAAGUCGAGGCUUGCAGAUCUUGCCCAGAUGGAAUCCCUGGUCAUAGAGGAAAGGCUGGUAAUCCUGGGAAACCUGGAAGAUCAGGUAAUUCGGGGAAUAAGGGAUCUGAUGGCAGAGGAGGCUCGCCAGGAAAUCCUGGAUUAGCAGGAAGAGAUGGCGCUUUAGGUCCAGCUGGGUAUGCGGGCAAAGACGGAACACCUGGAAGAGAUGGUAAACCAGGAGUAGCUGGUCGUAAAGGACUUGAUGGUAAAUCAGGUACCGACGGAACCCCUGGGAAUAAUGUUAACCAACCUGGUCCGGCUGGUCAAAAUGGUAAGUCAGGUGAUGCAGGUACCCCUGGUAAAAGAGGUUACAAUGGAAAACCUGGAGCAAGAGGCAACGAUGGCAAACCAGGUAGUCCUGGAUCCGCUGGACCACAAGGACCAGCUGGUUCCGCUGGCAAAAAAGGUAAUGAUGGACAACCAGGAGUAUCUGGGAAGAAUGGAGUUGAUGGUCAAGAUGGUGGCGCCGGAAAAGACGGGAUACCCGGAAAAGCUGGACAAAAAGGGAGAAAUGGAAAUAAUGGAGCUGACGGAACACCGGGAGUAGCGGGAAGUGCUGGAAACGAUGGAAGUGCGGGAAAAGAUGGAAAUCCAGGAUCUGCGGGAACACCUGGAAUUGAUGGUGCACCGGGUUCUAGCGGUUCUCCAGGCAAGGCAGGCUCUGAUGGAAACCCUGGAAACGCAGGAAGCUCAGGUCAACGUGGAUCUGAUGGCAGUUCUGGAAAUGAUGGCUCGCAAGGUACUGAUGGCCAACCAGGCCCCACCGGUCCUGCUGGAUCCGAUGGAAUUCCUGGCAAAGAUGGAAACAACGGUCAAGAUGGUGCGCCAGGAUCUGAUGGAUCUGCCGGGAACCCAGGAGUUCCUGGAAACAGUCCUGGACCAAAAGGACAGCCCGGAAAACCAGGAAUAGAUGGAAGAUCUGGAUCUGAUGGCCAACCCGGCAAUAGAGGAUCCAACGGAAACGAUGGAGUUCCAGGAAAAGAUGGUACUCCUGGCGGCAAUGGGGAAACGGGGCCCACCGGAAUAAGAGGUUCACCCGGUAAACAAGGUACCCCAGGUAGAAAUGGUAUUCCAGGUGCCAGAGGUAAUGCUGGAGAUCGUGGUUCAGAAGGCGCCGCUGGAUCUGAUGGCAAAGCUGGAAGACAUGGGAAUGCUGGGAGAGAUGGAUCCAGAGGAAAUCCUGGAUAUGCUGGUGAUGACGGAAGGCCAGGAAGUAAUGGUAGACCGGGGUCAAAGGGUCAACCCGGUAGGAAUGGUAAUUCAGGAAGGAGAGGCAAUCCUGGUAAAUCGGGAAGACCAGGCAAAAAAGGUAGAGAUGGAAAUCCAGGUAAAAAUGAUCGUUGUGAUUGUAAGAGCCACGGAGCUGGAAAAGGAGAAGGUGCAUCUACUUACGUACGUUACGGACGAUCUGACUGCCCCUCAGACCAAGGAACCUCAUUGUUAUAUGAUGGAACGAUCGCUAGCGGACAUUUCUUCUACACAGGUAGCGGAGGCGGUUAUAUAUGUUUACCAAACAACCCCGAAUUCUUACAAUUCACUGACAAAUUCGAUUCGAAAUCCAAGUUGUUUGGAACAGUUUACAAAACUUCCCACAAUUCUAACUUGAAAUACGCGAAUUUUGAUUCACACAUAGCUACAUGUGCCGUAUGUCACGUAAGGCGAAACGCUAUUCUCAUGAUUCCUGGUUACACUAGCUGCCCUAAUCCUUUCCACCAGGAAUACAAAGGUUAUUUGAUGUCGGCUAACACACAAAAAACUCGUACUAGUUACAUUUGUGUUGACCAAGAACCUAAUUCUGGAGGCUCUAAUUAUGACAAAGAUAUGUCGGUAUUGACGGUUGUUGAAGCUGAUUGCGGAAUAUUACCAUGCGACAAAUAUCCCAGUGGGUGCGAGAUCCCUUGCGUUGUUUGUUCUGCUUAAAAAAAUGAUAUAAUUUAUAGAAGAUUUUCGUUAUGCUUAAUCACAUUUUUACUUAUUUAAAAAAAAUUACAUAUUUAUAAUUAUCAUUAUUUUUAAAAUACGAAAAAUUAUUUAUAUCGAGUUUUAACACUCGUCUCUUAUUAAUUAAUCGGGUUUAUUGUGUUUAUUAAACAGAAAUAAAA